AUGGAAGAUACCUCACACUCAGGCCAUCACGCUGGCUGGCAACAUCAGGAGAACCAGGGUGAGGGCACGGAUUCAUCUGACACGGGUCUCGCAACCAAUACUGAGAGCACGGGUUCAUCUGACACGGAUCCCGCAACCAAUACGAAUGUCUCGGGAGGAAAUCCACGAGGCAGCAUUAGUUUUACAGCAAUGGCUGCCCUGGUUCAGGAGUCUCAGCGGCUUGCUAACGCAUCUCUUGGCCGUGUUCCCCGGUCCCAGAGCGCAUCUAAUUCUAAUGCUACAAUUGGAAUUCAUGGGGAUGCCAAUUCCCCGGAUCCUGAGGACCGCCUGGCAAUGUUGAACCAGUAUCUUGAACGGCUCCAGGGCCCUAACACCGUGUUGGAGGGGAGUAUACAGGCGUUGAACAGACAGCUUCAGCGAUCGAAUAACAACAAUAAUGUCACCGACAUGAUACAGAGAUUGGACGGACGGUUUGCGGAUCUCGAGAAGCGCAUGAAUGGCGUUACGGAAAGACUACAGGCAUUGGACGGACAGCUUCAGCGGUCGAAUAACAACAAUGAUAUCACCGGCAUGAGACAGAGAGUCGACGGACGGUUUGCGGAUCUCGAGAAUCGCAUGAAUGGCGUUAUGGAAUUACUACAGACAUUCGACGUACGGCUUCAGCAGCUCGAGCGCGGGAUGGCCCGCCAGACCGACGCCGCGAUUCGACUUGCGAAUCGAGUAUCGAGGACCAACCAACGACUUGACCGGCUUGAGAGGCGGGCUCCUGAAGAGGAUGACUAUGAAGAUUCCAUGAUGCACUUGCGCCUCCACCGUAUCGCCCUCAACCAUAUGGCCUUCAACCACUCGGAGUUCCCCUACAUGUCCUACAUUCACCCGGGAUGCCUCCAUCUGGCCUAA